GAAAAUGUGUACAGAACAUGUGCACAUACACUAGCAAAGUAGGAGGACUAGGCAGCAGCAGUAGAGAUGGAAUUUCGUACGCACGCAUACCAGUUGACAUUCCGCGAUUCCCGUUCUGGCGGUGUGAAGGGCAAGGAAAAACGCGCUUUUUAGUGGAAAUGCUGCCCUUUCUCGACCUCGUCUUCGCUAUGAAUUUGGAUAAUUUUCUUUGGUCUGUUAGCUCCAGUGUGCUACGCUUAGGCUCCUUCUGUGUGUGUCCACCGGUUUCGUUGUGUGUGUGUGUGCGCGAUUGGUAUGAUUUUUUGGGGAGGUAAAUAAAGCAAGCAAUUUUGCGCCUGGGAAAAGGUCAGGUCAUUUGUAAAAUAAUUUGUUUUUCGAAUAUUAAUUAUAUUUCCUUUCAAUGAUAGUUUUCUUUCUUCCCUUAGAAUGUUCGAAAAGCAUUUGUGACAAAAUACUUCCGCACCCGGCAUUCUCCCGGUUUGCUGGUGCUUCCUUUUCCGUUUGAUUCCUUUUUCUUCGCUAGUGUGUGUGUUUGUUCAUAGUCCCUCUACCCCUCUUUUUUGCAUACACAUACACACGAACGUAAAGCAACCCGGUAUCCCCCCCACCCCUUCAUAGUAAAAAGAAAAAGGAUACACCAUCAGCGUAGGGUUCGCGCAUGUGUGUUAGUGUUGAGUCUCCUGUCUGCUGCUGCUGCUGCUGGCUCGUCCGUGUGUAGCUCCAAAGGACAGAGAAGUGAAAGGUGUGAAUGAAAUUUUGGGACCGGAACACGACACGAAACACACUGCUCCGGGUUUUCCGUCUCCAGUUCUGUGUGUCUGUCUGUGUGCGUGUUUUUUUUUCUUUUCCGGCCGCCACAACUACGAUCUUGUUGUUGUCCAUUGUUGGGCUGGAAGGAAGUUCGAAGGAUACUCCAGCCUGUGCCGAUGGCAGCGUGUUAGUGUUUUGCUGCCCGCGAGAAUGCGAGCACCAACAAAGUGUGAUCACACACAUUGCGAGAAAACGCCAGCGUUUGCUUCCCGAAGUGUAGGAAGCAUAAUAAAAGCGUAUUUAAAUGCGCUCAAGGGAGAGGAUGUUGCAGUGUAUGUGAAAAGUGAGAAAUAAUUAGUUGAAUAGAAUUGCCCACACGGAAGCAGCAGCUCGCUAGCAGAUUGAUCAUGAUGCUGCUAUACUGAUUUCCAAAAAGAAAAAAAAAUAAAGUGUUCGCGUUUGGAAACCGUCCAAGUGUUGUACGUGCAAAGAGCAUAACAAAUCUUAAAAGAAUAACGAAAAAGAAGUAAUAAAUAAGCCCACUACAGUGAUACGCACGUCAAAAAAAACAAAACAAAGAAAACACUCACACACCGCUAGGUAGAUGGGGUGGGCGCGAAGCAAAACAAGAAGCGGCGAAUAAAAAUAAAUAAAAGUGCUAAUCUUUUCUGAUGAGCAAAAAUUGUCGGUGCUGCUGCUACUGCGAUCGCGAGUUCGAAACGUCUUCGCCGCCGUUGCUGUGGUUCGUUUCCGGUCGCCGAUGGCCGCCGGCGAAACCGAGCCAGCAACCGUGAACCGGAGCAAAUUCCCAAUGACGCAGAUCGCAAGCAUUACCACAACGGCGACGAUCGUGAUUGAUCGUAAAGUGGAAAAACGUAGAGCAACCACCGGUGCCGAAACGAUGCGGUGGAACAUUGCCGACGGUACGGUUGGUGCGGGACACGCGGUGGCGGCAGCGAUGCGAAGACGCAGACGGCAGAAUGGUCGGCGGCUGCAUCAGUGGACGGUGCUGUCCACUGCGGCGAUGAUCCUGCUGUUGCUGCCCAGUAUAAGCGAUCGGAGCACUGCCAAAGCAUCGACGAUUCACCGACAUACGGCCGAUGAUAACGAUACGUCGUCAAUGGUUCAGCAGGCGAAGGAUCAACAGCCGACGUACGGGAAGCAUUCCAACUCGAACGAGAACUUUCCACCACCGUCGAACGCCAACGGAGGUGGUGUACUGGCGCCGGCCUCCCUACAGGCAGCAUCACCCCAAACGAUGACACUGACGGCGGACAAAAAUAAAACCAAGCUGCUGAAAUGUCACUGUGACAUUUGCAAGGAUGAAAACUUCGUGUGCGAAACGGACGGGCUUUGCUUUACCUCACUCACGCGUGAAGCAAACGGUUCACUCAAGUACUCGUACAGGUGUUUCGAUCUGAAGGACCAUCUAGGUCCAUUUACCUGGAACUGGUGCCGUAAUAAGACGGAUGGUACGCCAAACGAUCACUACUGUUGCUACGGACCCGACUUGUGUAAUUUGUCUCUCGAACCCGCGACGCCAAUGGUGGAAGCCCAAGAGGACGAAAAGUUGUCGCUUUCGGUAUUCAUCAUACUGACAGCGACGAUAAUCGUGCUGUUGGCCGUGUUUGUUACUUUCUUGAUUUUCUACGGACGCCGCAAGCGCAACAGUGGCGCACGGCAAAUACUGCCGGAAGAUUCGGUGUGUGGUGCAAGCUACCCGAUCCUUAACGGGCACACCACCAUACAGGAUUUCAUUGAGAUGACCACAUCCGGCUCGGGUUCUGCGGGACUUCCAUUGCUAGUUCAGCGUUCAAUCGCUCGCCAGAUACAGCUGGUUGAGGUGAUCGGCAAGGGACGCUUCGGGGAAGUGUGGCGCGGUAGAUGGCGGGGCGAGAAUGUAGCUGUGAAGAUAUUCUCCAGCCGUGAGGAAUGUUCCUGGUUCCGGGAAGCGGAAAUCUAUCAGACGAUUAUGUUACGCCAUGAGAAUAUUCUUGGCUUUAUCGCGGCUGACAACAAAGAUAAUGGCACAUGGACACAGCUCUGGCUGGUUACGGAUUAUCACGAGAACGGUUCACUGUUCGAUUUUCUCACCGCACGCUGCGUCGAUCCGGACACCAUGCUGGAGAUGGCGUACUCGAUAGCGACCGGACUGGCCCAUCUGCAUAUGGAUAUUGUCGGCACGCGCGGUAAACCAGCGAUCGCUCAUCGUGAUCUAAAGUCGAAGAACAUUCUGGUCAAAUCGAACUUUACCUGCUGCAUCGGCGACCUUGGACUGGCGGUCCGUCACAUUGUGGCCACGGACACGGUUGACAUACCGUCGACGCAUCGCGUCGGUACCAAGCGCUACAUGGCACCGGAAGUGCUGGACGAAACGAUCAAUGUGUAUCAGUUCGAUUCGUUCAAGCGAGCGGACGUGUACGCCCUGGGGCUUGUGCUGUGGGAGAUCGCCCGACGGUGUAACGUCGACGGUAUCUACGACGAGUAUCAGCUGCCUUUCUACGAUGUGGUGCAACCAGAUCCCACCAUCGAAGAGAUGCGAAAGGUAGUCUGUGUCGAUCAGCAACGUCCUAGCAUACCCAGCCGAUGGAUUGCCUGCGAAACGCUGCACGCAAUCUCGAAGGUGAUGAAGGAAUGCUGGUAUCAGCAUCCGGCCGCCCGUCUAUCAGCCCUCAGGAUCAAGAAAACGUUGGCGAAUCUACGCUAAACGUUUACCCUAUUCUACCGUACACGUGUGCAGGAUGCCGCGAACGUCGCGUACAAACCGUCGUCGGCCAACGGCAGAAGAAAACACAAGUUUUUAAAACGUACUAUUUAACAUAAAUACAGCAGCAAAUGUGAAAUGAAUAGCGAAACGAAUGAUUAGAAGUUUCGCAAAAACGUGGGUGGAAAAACAAAACCAACUAGUGACAGAGUGAAAACAAACACAGCUAAGUAACUAUAAAAAAACCCAUUUUAAAUCGUAAGCCCGUUUAGUUGAGUAAGUAAUGUGAGUAGUAGUGGUAUAUGUUUCAUAUAGUGCAUAAGGCAAACAAAGUAAUGCUGAUAUGAGUGGGAUAGGUAUGUUUGUGCAUAAAUCCGCAUGAAAACGAUUAACGAAUGUUCGGUACAGGGUGAACGAGUGUGAUUGAAAGAAUUACAAAACGAAACAGAGGCAUAUUGCCAAUCUAUAUAUACAUGCAUAAAAACACACACACACAUGCAACUAGUGGCGAAGAAUGCGAAAGCUGUAAGUGAAUGUAAACCGCGUGCAUUAUUGUGGAAAUACUUUUCUUUCUUGUGUAUUGUCAUCAAACUUUGUGUUGUGUAAAAGAAAACUAUUAAUUUUCCGUGUAUAGUAAGUUGUGAAGGAAACUAAAUCCUUCUUUUUUGCAUCCUAUUUGUAUGAUUAUACAGCGUUGCUUGUAUUAAACAAAAAUGCAUAACGAUUUAAUAUAAUGAACAAAGACUAGAAACAUAUCCACACUUUUUUUUAACAAAAACCGUCAACCUUCAUAGCGUAGUGCAGGACAACACAGGCAACUAAAUUUAAGGUUUAUGCACCACAAAACGAAGUAAACGAACACAGAACAGGAUAACAAGUUAACGAAUCAAAGACCCAUACAUACACACAGAAAACACACGAAUCGAUAACGGCCAAUUAAAUGCAGCAACGGCUACAAGGAAUAUUGAACAAAACGAAGAAAAAACACUAAACUCAAUACCUCCAGUUUUAUUUAAAACAAAUAAUUGCAUUAAUCGAAAGAUGAGAAAAAGUUCGGUGACAAUUCGACGCCCCUGUUGGAAAGCCAAGGGAGAAAGCAUCUCACGUGUUAGGAGCGAAAAGGUAGAAUUCACCAAAAAUAUGAAGUAGCAUUGGUAGGUUUAUAGCAUGCGUUAGAACAUUUGAAUUUACAACUACUUACAAUAUUCAGAUGCGUUUUGUUUGUGCAUACUAAUAUCGCGUACAAAUCGGGUAUGUGAAUCCACCGAGUUUCAGUGAGCAAAUCCUGCUCAUGGAGAGUGUAUCAUCUAAUGUUCUGUAGCGAGGAUGCUUUUGUUUUGUGAUUUGUCCGUACGUUGGCUUUUGUAAUCAGUCCAAAAAAGAAGGGUUUUGUGUUUUGUAUGUACAUUUCGGAAGGCACGCAGCAGUAUAAGUACUGGCAUUAAAGUGAGAUGACGUGGAUCGUUUCCCUUGAUAAAGAUACCUGUUUGUAAAGAACGUUUAGAUCUAGCUAGCGUUUAGAUGGCAGAUUGUGUCAGAGAGCGAAGCUAUCGAAGGGUGUGUGUUUAUGUGCAACGCGGGAAACCCCUUGCAAAGGCAGAGAAUAAGGAAAGUUACAAAACUCUUACAAAAGUCUACAAAUCUAAACAAAACCGGAACAUUACCUGUAUCGAUUGCUUCCACAGAACAUACAUAAAUACACACUCGAAAAGAAGAAGAAAAAAUAAGAAUAAACACAAAAGUGCACAAUACAAAAGAAGGAAAAGGAGACAAGUUAAAAGAAAAUCUAAUAAUGCAAUAUAGAAACACUCUAGAGUACUUUAGAUGAUGAUGAUGAUGUAAAAAAUGGAACAAAUUAUUAAAAAAAAAGGAAAACCAUACCAGUGAGCAAACGAAGAAGAGAUCUAAACUACUAAAAACGUACCACGUACCAUAAGGUGUCCGACCGACACGGGAAACAAAAUGAAAUGUGCUCAGAUGUGUCCGAUAGGUUCAGGUUCAUUGCCACACACAGUAUGCCCUGUGUGUGGUGGUGUUAAACAUAAACAGAAGUUCAUAAAAUGCAACAUAAUACUGCCGUUUUGCAUAGCCACGCAAACAUUAACUAACCAAAACAGAGAAGCACACAAAACACGUAUGAGAUUAACGAGGAAUGCUACUGAAGGAGAACCCUGUAAAAGACAGAUAUGUGUGUUGUGAAGUAGUGAGGUGCAAAACACACCCUGCAACGUUGCAGUGCAUUCUUCCCUAUUCCGUUCAGGUAAUUCAGUUCAAACGUAAUAGAUAAGUAUAUACGCGUUCUCGCCCCCUCCUCCCAAAUCAUGAUGUUUUGGAAGCAUCAGGCUCAACACUUUUCCGCCAUCCAGCGAUAUAAAGGAUAUGACGAAGGAUAGAGAGAAACGAUAACGAAGAUAAAACAUUUUGCAAAGACAGCAAAGGUCCGCACCAGCGGUGUAGGAAACAGCGAGAGCAUUAUUGGCGAAAGGACGCUAGAACCGUGAACAAUCAAACCGUUUGCCAAACAUUCUUCCAGAUCAACAACAUGAACCCUCCCGAUCCGCAAUCCGACGCAAUUCCUGCCACGCCACACAGGAGUUGUUUGAGUGUGUUUUGAUUUGCAUGUUUAUCUCCGGAAGGCAGUCUCAUAUACAAACGCUAUCGUUAACUAAAAUGUUCCGAAGGAGUACUAAAAAUAAGAACAGUACAAGACACAAACGCGUGUGCGCAAGAUAAUGUGGUGUGCUAACCAAAAAGGCGUUAGAUUUUCCAGAUUGGUUGAAAAGGAAGGUAGAAAAGGAUACGCUACUCUAUCGGUAGGAAUGUGUGCGAUCCCCCCGGGGGUACAGCAUUUAAUCGUUGAAUAUCGCCAGAAAUAGAAUACAGCUUUUGAAACAGCAGUUAAGUAUAUGGAUGGAGUUGAGGAUGGAUACUACUGUUAAUAUUGGACGUAUAGAAAAAGAUAAGCGCGAAGGACAGGAAUCGAUCCUUUUUACUUCAUAAGCUAGCCGGUACACACCUACACUCGUAUGAUUCCAUAAACAUUUAAUUUUACGUUAUAAUUUUUGUUACAAUUUUCUACCCCGUACACCACACGAACGUAAUUCGGUUGUAGAAAAAAGGGUAAUUGGAUGCGUUACGCUUUCUAACCCUCUCAGACACACACACACACAUACACCAAAUAUGUUCGCGAUAGCUUCAUUGUCCUUACUUGAAGUGCUUAUCUAUAUUGAGCAUGCCGAACGAUCGUACAUGUUUUGUCCGAAGGGAAAACUGGUCGGAAAGAUGCACGUUUAAAGCUACCUCCAGAUGUACGAAACAGGGGCGUACAUUAUAAAGGCUUUAUACUUUACUCAACUUAAGUUUUCGUUGCAUAACCUUUCAGGUGGUAUACCCCUAAUACAAAACUCCCUGAUAAGUCACUUCGGAGAGUACCAUUUGUUUUACAGUGUCUCUUUCACUAUGAAUAUUGUUUAAGACUCUUUGUUUCGUUCGUUUUUUGUUUGUUCAGGAGUUAAAUUAUCGAUUUGUGUAUUACGCAUUGAUUGAAGCCUUACACCGAUCGGUACAAAGCUGUAGUUCAAAUAAAUGUUGGUAUGUGAUAGCAAUAUUCAACUGUUGAACAACUAGAUGAAUGAACAGAGGAGAUGAAAAGAAAAACACAAAAUACAAAGAAAGCGAUAAUAUAUGUGAAGAUCGCUGGCCAGGCUUUCCGCUGAAGGACAAUCCACUGUACGAGCACGUGCGCAACACAAGUGGACAAUGGGCUGAAUAUGUUACGAACAAUGAACACAUUCACACCUCACACUCAAGCACAUAACCAACACAAAUACAGAACCAACAAACAAACUAACCAAGCAAUAGUAUUAGGUGUGAAGCACACCAUCCCAUACCAAUAGAGCAACCAGAACACUUCCACCACAGCAUUACCAUAUUCUACAAUAUACAAACACCUACCACAUACCAAUAAGCACAACCGCCAAUAGCCAAACACACACAGACACACACAACCGAAACAAUAGUUUGAAUGUUUAUUUUGUUUUGUAGCAAGCAAUUUUCGUUCCAAAUGAAAGUGUGAUCAAUCAAUUUUUAUAGUUAAGUUAAUUUUUUUCCUCUUUCACACACACAUUUUGUAGUAUUGUAAGAUAUUUUUCCGUUUUAUCCGUUAAUUAACUAUGGUCAAUCAAUAGCGAAAGAGAGAUAAUCCUCUUCAGCCCCAUUUACAGCUAUAAGUAUCCGUUUACACUGUACACUUAACCUUCUUAGUGUAUUUUACAUGUGUGUUUUUGUCCCCUUUCCUUUAGGGAAUGCAGUUAAUAUUGUUAACAGGCAGUAAAAUCCAUCUUCACAAACAGAAGAAAGAGUGAUUUUCUUGUAACAUUUACAAGAAUCUUACUGUGAGUACCUUUUUGAGUUGAAUUCUGUAACGAUGCUUAGUAGAUUCUAAUUUUCUUUACAAUCUGAGAGUAUUGUGUAAUUUGUGAAAGAUAACAAAGAGAGAGAGAGCGAAAGGGAGGAAAGUGCUGCGCAACACAAAUAGACCUGAUGUUCAUUAACUGUUCUAAACGAGUGUGUGUGUAAUAAAAUGGGGAUAUAAAAGAUGAUUGAAGCAAAUGAAACAAACGGAAAACACGGUUGGAGAGAAAACGUAAUAAAAGAAAUGAAUUUUCAUAUUUGAGAAGGAAGAAACGAGCGAGAAAGAAGGAUAAAUACAAAAAAAAGUUAGUAGGAAUUGAUUUGGUACGCGACGAAACGCAAAAAGAACAAAAGCAAGACAGAGGGAAACAUAAUUCAUGCAAAUACAGUUUUUCCUUCUUGUCCCUUCCCUCCGUAUCCCUUUCUCCCCAGAGCAUCUAAACCACCCCGUGUUUAAAUAUGAACCACAACAACAACAAAAAAGUCUACAAACAAAUCUAACUUAAACACAAAACAAGCAAGAUACAAACAAAAGAGGAAGUAAAGAUAAUGCAACAAAAACCUACAAAACAAAAGGAGAAAGUGAAACGGAAGAGGAAAAGAGGAAGGAAUGCAAAAUGAAAGGAAAUUAUAGGAAACAAGUAAAUGCAAACUCACACACACACACAUGCAUACAAAACAGAAAGCUACAAAAGUUGUUAAGAGAAUAAGAGAAAUUUUGAAUGGUAAGAAAAAAAGGAAGAAAUCAAUACGCUCGAAACUAUUUAACGUGUGGGGGUUGGGGAAGCUGUGCGAAUAUGCAAACAUACAUGUGAAUGAGGUUAAACUACCUUUUUGCUUAAAUAGAAUUUGCUAAGAAGAAAAUGCUGUUGAUAUCGUAAGAAGAAGGGGAAAGCUUGUAAGUGUUUAAUGAUUAUCAUUGGUGCGUUUGUAACACGAAGAUUAAUCUAGACGUACGAGGAAAGACGUGGUUAUGGAAGGAACAGAAAGUGUAUCCAGUUUGCUCAAAUUAUAAUGGUCAUUUGUGAAAAAAGAACCCUCUGCCCCCCAGUGAGAUUAAGUUUUGCUUUCUUUUUUGUUUUAUAUUUUUGACAUUCAAUAGUAAAAUCAAUAGUCAAUAGUAAAAUAUCUCUUAUACAAUACGCAGGAUCAUUUAAUAGGUUUUUGGUUAUUCGCCCCCAAAUAUACCGUGCGUCAUAUCUCGCCCACGUGUGCCAUCAGUGUGCGUGUAAUUGUCGCAGCACGGAAAACAAAAAAACCCCGCAAAUAAUGUAAUGUUCAUUCGCAAAGUUCAGUUUAGAGAAACCGAAGAAUCUAGAAGUGAGGAAAACGAGUAGAAGGAAAGAUGACGAACGAUGGAUAAUUGUUCCCCGAUUUUGGUUCACCACUUUGGGUAGUUUAUCGCUAGUGUUUAGUGUGGUAGCGCAGUUUAAGCACUGCUGUAUCUACUUCUUGUAAGAAUGUCACUAUAAGAAAGUAACAUUAGUUUUGAAUCCCCUAAUCUAUCGCUUAGCACGGUUGCGAUGUUGCGUAAUCAUAAUUAAUUUAACGAUACUAUUGCAGAAUUGAUAAAUAGUUGUGUUGUCAUCCUUGGUUUGUUUUACGCAAGGAACAAAACAGCAUACACACUUAGAGGGAGAGACGUUUUUUUAGGGCUAACUGUAGACUGUAGGGUAUAUGAACGUCGAUUAUAAUUUUCUACCUCAUUUAUUUGAUAAUUAAUGUACGUUCUUGGGUUUGUACGGGGUGGUGUCAAGAAGAGAAGAGAUGGCUGCAACAAUAAUAUUUUCAUUCACUAUUUCUUAAGCUUUUGGUGCUUAUGAGCAACAUACAUAAACAUACGAAUACAAAUUACCUUCAUUCACAUCUAUAAGUAUAUUCAUAUCAUUCAUUGAGGAAUAAGUUAAUAUGACUUUUUUUUGCCUAAAGAAAAUGAAUCAGUUUAUUUCUCAUCGUAAGCGCAUCGCAUUUGAUAAGCUUACGGCACGGUUUGGAGAACAAAUGAAAUGCGAAAAAAAAGAAAUCAAAAUUGAUGGAUUUGGCUAUGAAUAAUGGAAAUGUUUGUCUAACAGCGAAGCACGUACAAAGUACGAAGAAACACAUACACAUACUGUGCUUAUAAUCUUAAACACAAACACUGUAAACGAAGUGAUGAAAUCAGCUAAAAACAAGGAGAACAAAAAACUCCAACUGAAAGAUUGACUAAAAAGGUAUAAACACAGGAGAAACAGGAAGAGAGUGAAUAGGAAGCGAAGCUUUGGGUAAAAAGAUGUCAAAAGUCUGCAAAAAAAAAACAAAACCGAAAGAAGAAAAUAGCUGAAAGCAAAAUUAGCAUUUAGGUGAAACGGUUGAUCAAAAUCGUUAACAUGAAGAAUUCUUAAAGAAUUUUGAGUGUGUAAUGUGUGUUGUGUGAAAAGAGAAUCAUAGUUUGCUUUGCGAAUGUUUGUGUUUUUUUGGGGUAAAUAUUAUGGCACGAAACCGCCCAUGCAGUAGGGCGACUUUAAGGGUUUGAAAAUGGAACCACUAGUGUACAAUCCCACUGAUUUAUAAUUGGAUAAAGCACACUGAUUACGAUAAAGCUGUUUAGCGAGCAGGCAUUAACCGUGUGUUUGCCAACAAGCGCUUGAAGAGGAAUGUUAUUCUGCCUCUUCGUUUUCCGUUUUUAUGUGGGGUAGAAACACUGUUCCGGUACUGCUUAUUAUGAUUAGCUAUCAUUACGAUUUAAAUAUUAUAAUUAUGAAAGUUAUUAUUAACUCGUACACGGUAUAAUGAUUGCAUUACGCAUUACACUCAACACACCUACACUACUGUGAACCCCAAACAAUACUACUAUAUAUUAUUGUCAUGAUUAUUCUUAUUAUAUUAUAAUCCUAUAUUUAGGUAUGAAAGAUACAGAGACAAAUGAAGAGAGAGAGAGAGAGAGAGGGGAAAGUAAGAGACAAAGAGAGAAAGCGAUAACAAAGGAGUCGAGUAAUUCUUGAUAAAAUGCAAAUUUACACACUGGGCUGAUACGCCAAGAACGCAUGCAAAACGAACUUUUCUCUUAUUAGUGUAAGUGAGAAACUGCAAAAAAAACAUACAAAAAAAAACAAACAAACAAACAUAAACAUAUAAAACGUAUGUUUGACGGAGUAAUACGGGAAUAUGAAAGGUGAAGAAGAAUAAAAAACUGUACCGAGAAGUAAACAAACACUACUACACGAAGAGCGAAACAAAAGUUAAAAUGGUCAAACCAACGUCAAGAUGGCUUGCAUGAUGCCGUCAUGCUUGUGUACUGGAUGAAUUAAUUAACUCUAUUGUUUAGUUUCUUUUAUCCUCUCCCUUCACCAAAAGCAAAAACACACAGACAGAAGAUAAAAAUGCUUACAAUAGAGCAAACAAACAUGUAAAGAAACUAAGUAAGAGGUGUAAAACAGCACAUUAGAAAUACGGGCGCGGGAAUGAGCGGUGAGAAAGAAAGAAAGAUAAAUAUUAUCAUAGACUAUAGCGUAAGAGAACCAGAUAAAUACAUAAGUUAAAGAACGAAAAACAAAAUGGGAUAGGAAACAAAAACAUUAAAAUAAACAGUAACACACAAACACACACAACACACAAAUGAAAGUAAACAAACAACACAAGUAAAAAUAGUACCAACAACAACAAAAAAGGAACAGGCAACAAAGCAGUAGUGUGAAGGAAAAUAUUCUUACACACAUACCGAAGCAUGCAAAGAGUAAUCCCAAGUGAAGGAUAAUGAAUCAUAAUGAUGAGGAAUACACUUACACAACAGACACACACACAAGAAUGAAAACCGUGAUCGAUUAUUGUCUUUUUGUAACAAAAAAUGAUUAAAAAAAUGUGGAACAUCCAAAA